UUUAUCCCAUUUGUUUCUAUGCUGCUGUAGGGCGAUAUGGAAAGAGAACUUACAAUGGUGUGAAUAAUUUUGAUUACAACUGUAAAAAAAAAAAAAUGGUUACGCUUUACUUGAACUAAGUAGAAAAAUAACAGGACUCCUGCCUCUUCUCCUGACAGGUGCUCGGUUCUCCUGAACGGCCUUACAGCGAUGGCGGAUGCCAUAAACAUCUCUAUGGUCUAUUUCUCUCAUCAGGACUUCCUCCUGUUGGGAUUCCCAGGCUUCCAUAAAUCUCGGCACCUCUUGUUCAUCCCAUUCUUUAUCGUCUACCUCGUCAUCCUAGUCACCAAUGGUCUGAUCAUCCACACGGUGCGGGCGGAGAGCUCCCUGCAUGCUCCAAUGUACGUUCUCAUCUCCUCGCUGUCUGCCGUGAACAUCUGCAGCACGACCACCAUAGUACCAAAGAUGCUCCUCGGAUUCCUCUUCCAUCAGAAUCACAUAUCACUGGAUGGAUGUUUGAUUCAAAUGUUCUUCAUUUACUGUACCUCUUUGCUGGACUGCAAUAUCCUGCUGAUGAUGGCGCUGGAUCGGUAUAUCGCCAUCUGCAGGCCAUUGCGUUAUUCCAGUAUAAUGACCAAGCAUAAUAUGUUCCUCCUGGCGUUUGCCUCAUUGAUACGUAGCGUAUUUACUGUAUGCCCUAUCAUCUACCUUGCUUCUCGGGUACGUUACUGCAGAUCAAACAUCAUCCGCCAUUUUGCUUGUGAGCACAUGGCCCUGCUAGGUUUGGCCUGUAGUAAUAUCACCAAAAAUAAACUGGUUGCGUUAAGCCUUAGAGUCUUCUCCCAUAUAUUUGACAUGAGCUUCCUCUCCAUCUCAUACGGCAGCAUCCUGAGGGUCGCCCUGACCAUCUCCAGCGGAGCUGCAAGACACAAGUCUCUACACACAUGUGGGACCCACAUCCUGGUCAUCCUGAUCGUCUACUUCUUCAGGAUGUCAUCGUCUAUUGUCUACAGGGUGUCCCGAUCUGUGUCUCAAGACACACACAACCUUCUCACUGCCAUGUACCUAUUCAUUCCUGCCCUGGUCAACCCAAUCAUUUAUGGUCUAAUGACCAAGGAGAUCAGAAUUCGGAUCCUAAAUGUCUCUGGCCAGGUACAUGUAAGAUUUCACACGACUGGCUAG